CUAUCGAGAUAAUUCGUGUGACGUGCCGUAUUGAUUGUGGUGGUCGCCAUAUUGUUAACAGGAACGUGAGUAUGGAUUCAGUUUUGCUCGAACCGACACUUCAGUGUGUCAAAGCUAUAACUAUCCUGGACAACGAUGGCAAUCGAAUUUUAGCCAAAUAUUACGACGAUACUUUGGCUUCGUCAAAAGACCAGAAAAAGUUCGAGAAGCAAUUAUUCAACAAGACUCAGAAGGCCAAUGCUGAGAUCAUUAUGUUGGAUGGUUUGACGUGUGUUUACAGAAGUAGUGUCGAUCUAUAUUUCUACGUAAUGGGCAGUUGCCAUGAGAACGAAUUGAUUCUUGCAAGUGUUCUUAACUGCUUAUACGAUUCAGUCAAUCAGAUCCUACGAAAGAACGUAGAGAAACACACGCUACUAGAGAAUCUAGAUAUCAUCAUGCUGGCUCUGGAUGAGAUUUGUGAUGGGGGUAUCCUUUUAGAAGCCGAUCCCACUGCUGUGGUGCAUAGAGUGGCUUUAAGAGUGGAAGAUAUGCCUCUUGGCGAACAGACGGUUGCCCAAGUGUUACAGUCUGCUCGAGAACAGUUAAAGUGGUCCCUGUUGAAAUAGCAACUGCCGAAAGUAUUUUGGUACAUGAUGGUACAUACUUCUUUGCAACAUUAUCGUCGUACAUGUGUUAACUUGUUAAUUCAACUUUAUUUAUAUAUUUUGCUGUUUAAUAUAAAGCAAUUCUGAUUCUAAGAAAAAUGUGUUUUAUUAGUAUUUCAUGUUUCAAUAGAAGACACAAUAUUUUAUCUUGCUAAUGAAAAUUGUUAAUUAUUAUCAGAUAAACUGUAUUUUGUAUAAUGAUACAAAUGCAACAUAAAUUAUGUGAAUAAAACUUAAAAAGUGUUCAU